AUGACACAAACCACAACUUCCCCCGCUCCAGCCAUCACCAAAGUGAUCGGAGAGCAGUCUUUGAAAAUUGCAGACUUGAGCGUCAUCAAUGCCGACAAGCUCGCUGCGAACGAUCCCGCCGCAACUGAGACGCUCUUGAAGGCCGCAAAGUCCCCGGGAUUCUUCUAUCUUUCUUUCGAUGAGCCGGCCUCGGAGAACAUCGCAAAGGAUAUCAACACUUUGUACGAAGCCUGCGAAAAAUACUUCGCCCAGUCUGGCGAUGAGAAGAUGAAAGAUUUCAGAGAGGGCGUUGAUCGAGGAUACAAGAAAGGACCAGGCCACGAGUCCUUCGAAAUUGCCCGCGAGGAAAAAGACACCAUCACCCUACCAACCAAGCUAGUCCCAUACAGCAAUGUCCUCCGCGACUUCUCCAGCGUCUGCGACAACUACUCACGCAUCUGUCUCCGCGCCCUCUCAGCCGGCCUCGGUCUCGAGGGACAGUCCCACCUGGAAAACACCCAUAACCCCAACGACCCCAACGACAGCGGCCUGAAGCUCCUUUCCGGUCCGACGGAGCCCACUGUGGCUGACGUUCCCAACACCACCCACACAGAUGGAGGAUCCAUCACCUUCCUCUGGUGCGGAAAGUGGGCUAGUCAAGUCCAGAUCCCCGAGACGAAGGAGUGGCUUUGGAUUGAACCCACUAGUCGGUGUGUUCUUGUCAACAUUGCCAAUUCCCUCCAAAAGCAGACGGACGGCACACUGCAUUCUCCUGUGCAUCGAGUCACCCAGCCGACUGAUGGGGUUGAGGAUAGGUUCAUGGUUUCGUACUUUUUUAGACCGUCUAAGACUUUUUGA